CACAAUAAAGAGGGAAAUGGAUCCCGUUCCUGGGGCCGGUUCCCCAGAGCCACAACCAGAAAUAUUACAGAUAAAGGAAGAAGAACCGGACUCUGAGGACCAUCAGAACCAAAUGGAAAGCUCAGCAGCGCCACUUACUGAUGGGGACUCUGCUGAACUGCCCAAACCAGAGACUGACUCGGAGUCCGGCACAAGAGAUGGCGAUUGCUUAACAAGCUCUGAUGGAUCAGGUUUUAUCUGCAAUAAGUGUGGGGAAACCUUCUCCGGGAAUAGUCAUCUUCUCGCUCACCUCUGUGGGACAGAAGAGGGAAUUCCCCCUGGGGCGGAACCAUUCACCUGUACAGAAUGUGGGAAAAAUUUUCCUGACAAGGGCACCCUUCACAUGCAUAAGAGAAUCCAUACAAGAGAGAAACCUUUCGCCUGUAAAGAAUGUGGGAAAAGUUUUACUUUAAAAAGCUCCCUGCACCAUCACAAAAGAAUUCACACCGGGGAGAAACCAUUCACCUGCAGAGAAUGUGGGAAACGUUUUACUUCUAGAGGGCAACUUCAAAACCACAAUUACAUCCACACAGGAGUAAAACCAUUCACCUGCACAGACUGUGGGAAAAGUUUUACUUCCAGAGGGCAACUUCAAAACCACCAAUUUAUUCACACAGGAGUGAAACCAUUCACCUGUACCGAAUGUGGGAAACAAUGUUCUUCCAGAGGACAGCUUCGAAACCACCAAUACGUUCACAACGGAGUGAAACCUUUCACCUGUACAGAAUGUGGGAAAGGUUUUACUUCCAGAGGGCAACUUCGAAACCACCAAAACAUUCACACAGGGGAGAAACCAUUCACUUGUUCAGAAUGUGGGAAACAUUUUACUGACAAGAGCAACCUUCACAGGCAUAAGAGAACUCACACAGGGGAGAAACCAUAUACCUGUACUGAAUGUGGGAAAGGAUUUACAGAAAAGAGACAACUUCAAAAGCACCAAAUCUUUCACACAGAAGAAAAACCAUUCAUCUGUACAGAAUGUGGGGAAUGUUUUAAAGAAGAGGCACAACUUCAAAACCACCAAAACAUUCACAAAGGACAGAAACCGUACUCCUGUUCAGAAUGUGAGAAACGUUUUACUGACAAGAGCAACCUUCGCAGGCAUAGGAGAAUUCACACAGGGGAGAAACCAUUCACCUGUACAGAGUGUGGGGAAGGUUUUAAAGAGAAGAGACAACUUCAGAAACAUCAAAGCGUUCACACAGGAGAGAAACCAUUCACCUGUACAGAAUGUGGGAAACAUUUUUCUGAGAAGGGCUCCCUUCAAAGGCACGAGAGAAUGCACACUGGGGAGAAACCUUUCACCUGUACAGAAUGUGGGAAAGGUUUUUAUCAAAAGAGCAAUCUCAAGUCACAUGAAAUAAUUCACAGAAAGAAGCCUUUUCCAUGUGUUCAAUGUGGAAAAAGUUUUUGUGACCUGAUAAAGCUUAGCAUACACCAAGCUGAUCAUGUGGAGGAGAAUGCCUUCAAAUGCGAAAUAUGUGAGAAAUAUUUUUCUUGCAAGGCAUAUCUAAAAAUCCAUGAGAGAAUUCACACAGGGGAGAAACCAUUCAGCUGUACAGAGUGCGGGAAAAGCUUUUGUUUUGCAUCUAGUUUUAAAUUACAUAUGAGAAGUCACACAGGGGAGAAACCAGGUUCAUGUGCGGGAAGUGGGAAAGGGUCAUCUCAAAGGAGAAAUAAAAAGGAUCACAACAGAGAGAAAUCAUUAACCGCUAAACAAUGUGGGGAGAAUGGCUCUGUCUCUAGUUACCGCUAUAGGCAGCAGAGAAUUAGCACAGCAGAGAGAAAGUUCUCUUGUACAGACUGUGGGAAAGCCUUCUAUGGAAAAUGGAAACUUCAGAAUCACCAAAAAAUUCACACUGGGGAGAAACCAUUCACCUGUACAGAGUGUGGGAGCAGAUUUACUUAUAAGGGAAACCUUCAAAGGCACCAAAGAAUUCACACUGGAGAGAAACCCUUCUCCUGUAAAGAAUGUGGGAAACAGUUUUCUGAAAUGGGCUCCCUUCACAAACAUAAGAAAGUUCACACUGGAGAGAAACCAUACGCCUGUGCCGAAUGCGGGAAAUGUUUUACUGAGAAAAGCUCCCUUCGGGUACAUGAACGAAGUCACACUGGGGAGAGGCCAUUCUCCUGUGGCGAAUGUGGGAAAAGCUUUUUCAAAAUGGGCACCCUUCGCACACAUAAAAAAAUCCACACAGGAGAGAAACCAUUCACCUGUACAGAAUGUGGGAAAAGCUUUGUUGAAAGAAGCAUUCUUCGUGUCCACGAGAGAAUUCACACCGGAGAGAAACCAUUCACCUGUACGGAAUGUGGACUGAGUUUUACUAAGCGGGGCGUCCUUCAAGUACACCAAAGAAUUCACACUGGAGAGAAACCAUUCGCCUGUACAGAGUGCGGGAAAAGAUUUUCAGAGAUGGCAACGCUUCUAACUCACAAAAGAAUUCACACCGGAGAGAAACCAUUUACCUGUACAGAAUGCGGGAAAAGAUUUUCUGAAAAGGGAAGACUUCAAAGGCACCAAAGAAUUCACACCGGGGAGAAACCCUAUUCCUGCACGGAAUGUGGGAAACGGUUUUCCGAAAGGAGCAAUCUCAGCAAGCACGAAAGACUCCACGCUGGGGAGAAACCAUUCAGCUGUACGGAAUGAGGGACAAGUACCUUUUACAAAUAUGAAAAGCCGAAUAUGGGGGAGCCUCGUGUUACCCUAAGCGCUGGAAGAUGGAGGCUUUACUAUGUAAUACUAAUGACUACUGUCUGUGGCUAGAACUUUUUUAAUGUUUUUAUUUUGCAGUUUUAAUGAUAAAACAGGUCCAGUUAUAGAAACGAAGUAAAGGAGUUACGUCAGAUGAUUAAAAACACUUCAGCUAUAAAAUGGUUUGGGCUUGUGAUGGGCACGUGUGACUCCCAACUCCCCUCAGCUGGGGGAAAUAUUUAGUCCAAUCGGUAUAGGGCUAAGGGCGUGGCCGACCCCAUCCUCCCUAACCUCAUGCAUUUGGGCUGAUAUUAUAGAAGCUACUCGUGGCUCCUUAGUGAGUAUGGGCGACUCACCCAAUAAAAUGGUUUGGGCAGUUAGGCCUCAACAAUCUGCGGGGUAUGGAACACUGACAGGGAGGUCUCGGGCCUCGUUUGGUGCUGGUCCAUGGAUUUCAGGAUAGAGCCAUUCUGGCUAAUAAAAACCAGGUGAUCUGGGGUCGCUGGAUAGAAUU